UGCACAGCUUGGCACUGCUCUCCGCGUGUCUGUGCCUGGCCAUGGCUGCCAACUGGAGGGAGAUGGCGAGUCCCAGUCCGAGUCCGUCCACUGUGGACAGCUAUCAGGCCGAGCUGAAGCAGCUGCUGGAGCGGAUGCUGUGGCGGGCGCAGGUGCAGCGCUGCUUCGCCGUCAUCACGGACGAGCUGCAUCUCGCCCUCUACGAUCGAAGGUACUUCGAGGCGGCGGGCCGGAGUCCCCGACCCUUCUAUGUACUGCGAGUGAAUGCGAGCGAGAGCCUGAAUGAGCCACCCCGCCACUUGGAGCUGCUGCUGCAGUCCGUCAAGGCCAGCGACUGCGACCUGGUCGUGCUGACCCUGCUCAACGGCUGGCAGGCGAAGCAGCUGAUGAGGUUCCUCUACGUGAGUCGCGCCCUGGACAUGCAGAGCAAGUUCAUCCUGCUGCACGACGUGCGCCUCUUCGCCGAGGACAUGCUGCACGUGUGGAGCGUCUGCGUCAAUGCCGUCUUCCUGCGCAGGCAGCAGGACAACAGCUACAGCAUCUCGACCAUCGCCUUUCCCGGCAUCCUGAAUGGCGUUGUCGUGGUCAAGCAGCUGGCCACCUGGGAGGUGGGCAAGCGCAUUGAUUCAGCAAUCGUCUUCAAGGAUAAGACAAGGAAUUUACAAGGUGCUGAGCUCCCGGUGGCCAUAGCUGAGCACGUGCCGAUGGUGUAUUGGAAUAGGCCCACGAAUAGCUAUAAAGGCGUCGAGAUUGGCAUCGUGAAGGCCCUUGCCAAGGCGCUCAACUUUGAGCCGGUGUACUACGCCGUAAACGAGACUGAGGCGGGGGAAUGGGAGCAGUCAGCGCACUCGAACGAGACCCACUUGGAGAAGGGUCUAAUUGGAGAGCUGGUGCGUCACCAGGCGCGCAUUGGCAUUGGGGAUCUGCACACGUUCCAGAGCUACGUGCAGCAUGUGGAGCUGAGCGCGCCACACAGCGUGGAGUGCCUGACAUUCCUCACACCCGAGUCGUCGGCAGACGAGUCCUGGCAGACCUUCAUACUGCCCUUCAGCGGCGGCAUGUGGGCAGGUGUGCUGCUCUCCCUAGUCGUCGUCGGCAGCGUCUUCUACCUGAUCAGCUACUUCAAUGCGCUGCUCACCUCCAGCAGCCAGGUGUCAUUCUUUCGCUGCCUGCGCCGCAAGCGAGUCGCCAAGCGGGAUCCCCUCUCCUGGCGGCGCUUGAGCUUUCGCAUCACUCUGGGUCGCCCUCGGCUGACGAAUGCUCCACAUCGCGACAUCUUCGACGACUACUCCAACUGCAUCCUGCUCACCUACAGCAUGCUGCUCUACGUGGCUCUGCCCCGCAUGCCCCGCAACUGGCCUCUGCGCGUGCUCACGGGCUGGUACUGGAUCUACUGCAUCCUCCUGGUGGCCACCUACAGGGCGAGCUUCACAGCCAUCUUGGCUAACCCAGCAGCCAGCAUCACCAUAGACACGCUCAAGGACCUCAGUCGCGCUCGCAUCCCACCCACAACCGGAGCUGUGGAGAAUAAGCAGUUUUUCGUCGAGUCCAGCGACGAUGCGGCUCGCGAGGUGGGCGCACGCAUGGAAAUAGUAAAUAAUACGGAUGACUUGACCAAACGCAUCGCACGUGGUCAGUGCGCCUACUACGACAACGAGUACUACUUGAGGUAUCUGCGCACGUCGGGUGCUGCUAAGGGCGUGGCAACGGGCGCUUUGCACAUCAUGAGGGAGUGCGUUGUCCACAUGCCCGUGGUCCUCGCUCUCGAGAAGAACUCGGCGCUGAAGCCGCAUGUGAACAACAUAAUACAGCAUUUGGGUGAGGGAGGUCUCAUCUCUAAGUGGCUGCGAGACGCCAUCAUUCGUCUGCCCGCCGAGGAGCGAGCACCUCAGGAGGCGCUAAUGAAUCUGCAUAAGUUCUGGAGCUCCUUCGUGGCUCUGGGCAUCGGAUACCUGCUCUCCAUUGCCGUGCUGCUCGUGGAGCAGUGGCACUUCAGGCACGUCGUGAUGCAGCAUCCCAUAUACAAUGCUCACAAUCCCAGUCUAUACUAUAACUUCAAGCGCCUCUAUCCAGAUGAAUAG